AUGAUCCAGAACGCUUCCGCGCCUGGUCUGGUCCAGGUGGUCGCAGCCCCCAAGCCGCAACCUUCUGAGCGGCUCUCCCAACUCAACCGAGCGAAGUCCCCACCCUAUCCGUGCCGAUUCUGUGGUGCAGGCCAUUUCCACCGAGAUUGCAACUUCCGACAGCAUCGAUGCCAACGUUGUGGCAGGGUGGGGCACCGUGAUGGAUACUGCUAUCCUACGUCACACAAGGGAGCCAAACCUGGGCUGGCUCAACCUGGGCUGGCCCCCACCCGCAGACCCGCACAACCCAAGGGGACCAAACCUGGCCUGGCCCCCACCCACAGUCAAACGAAGAGGUCACGAUCCAGACGCAAACCCAACACUGGCCCGGUUGGCAGCUCCAUGAGCUUGCUGGCCACAUUCCAAGUCAAUGCUGAUCGCAGGAAGUUCGUCGACGUCCAGAUUAAUGGCCAGACCGUCCGCUUGCAGUUGGACACUGCUUCGGACAUCACGAUCGUCUCCGAGAAACUCUGGCGAUCCCUUGGUAGUCCACCAGUCCAGCCAACCCUUCAAUCCGCUACCAGUGCCCGUGGUGGCCACGUGCAGCUAACUGGGCAGCUGCAUUGUACCGUCUACUUUCGAGGUGUCACAUUCGACGGGAUCUGCUACAUCGCCAAGGCAAACCUCAAUCUACUUGGUCUCGAUUGGCUCGAACACCUUGGCAUGGCCGAUCUACCUAUCCGAACCAUCUGCAGCGCG